ACAGCAAAAAAAGCAAUGAAGUUCUCCCUGUACUGUAUACUGUUUUCAGAUACCAGGACCGCCAGUCUUCAAGUGGACGGAUGCUCACCCAUUGACCUGCCGACUAACCAAAACGUGCCUGUGAGUGGCUCAGGGAAUGUGACACUCAAGUUCUGUGUGGCGAACUUGCUACCUGGGUACACUCUCACGAUCAGCGUGGCUGGUCAGACGAAUACAAACACCGACGGAUGUUUGGAGCUCACGGUGACACAACCUAUCACAGUUGAGGUCGCCACUCUUUCUUAUGUGGAGACUGAUGGUUGUGGGCGGACGGACAGUUACAGGGUCACUCUUACAAAUACCAGGACCGCCAGUCUUCAAGUGGACGGAUGCUCACCCAUUGACCUGCCGACUAACCAAAACGUGCCUGUGAGUGGCUCAGGGAAUGUGACACUCAAGUUCUGUGUGGCGAACUUGCUACCUGGGUACACUCUCACGAUCAGCGUGGCUGGUCAGACGAAUACAAACACCGACGGAUGUUUGGAGCUCACGGUGACACAACCUAUCACAGUUGAGGUCGCCACUCUUUCUUAUGUGGAGACUGAUGGUUGUGGGCGGACGGACAGUUACAGGGUCACUCUUACAAAUACCAGGACCGCCAGUCUUCAAGUGGACGGGGGCUCACCCAUUGACCUGCCGACUAACCAAAACGUGUCUGUGAGUGGCUCAGCGAAUGUGGCACUCAGGUUCUGUGUGGAGAACUUGCUACCUGGGUACACUCUCACGAUCAGCGUGGCUGGUCUGAUGGAAACGAGCAACGACGGAUGUGUAGAUCUCACGGUGACACAACCUAUCAGAGCUGAGACCGCCACUCUUUCUUAUGUGGGUUGUGGGCGGAAGGACAGUUACAGGGUCACUCUUACAACCACAGGCGGUGUCGGUAGACCCAGUCUCGAUAUCGUCGGGCUCACCGUCAUCCUGUGUGUCGGACUGCUCCUCGGGAGACUGUGAUCCUACUGUGUGUUUGGCGGAUUAUGGCGUCUCAAGUGAUACCGGAAAUGACGCUGACCAAUCAAGAGAGGGAGCACUUGCAAGUGCCGUAAAACUCUUACUAAAGCUAAAGGGAGCACUUGUCAACUGAUUCAUUUCUGAAAGUCACGGACAUCUAGAAAAUCGUGUACCUAAUUUUCACAACUUUCUGUGAAUUUUGUUAUCCCUUCUUUCCAUUCAACAGAGACAUUCCUUUCCUGGACAGUUUGUACAGCACACACAGUUGGUCACAUGAUCAGCCAAAGAAUACGUUUAACCGAACACAUGUAUAUAUAUGCUACUUUUUGCAUGUACAUGUAUGUGAUGUUUUUUAAAAUCUUUAUGGGAAUGCUUUGUUUUUGGUUUGGUUUGGGGUUUUUUUGUUAUGCAUUGUUUUAAUUUGAGUUGAUAUUUUUUGGUGUUUGUCUGUUGUUUUUUGGGGGGAGGGGGUUGUUGUUGGGUUAGUUUUGAUUUUUGGUUGUUAGUUUGUUUGUUUCUAAUCAAAUAUCUCCGUAUUUGUAGCCUGGUAGCACUUGGCGAAGACCAUAACACUGAAUAUCUGCUUUUUUUAUCCAAUCUUGACCAUACCGGUAUCAUAUUCAUUUCUUUCAUGUAUUUUUUUAUAACGGAAAAUAUUAAUAAAGUAAUUCCACAAAAACAAA